AAUUUAAGAGUUGAGAUGAAAUGACCAAUAGUGUUCUGUCUGACGCCGUUAUCUUUUGUUGAACGCGUCUCUCGAGUCUCACCAAUCGUCUAUAAACCCAAAUCUUGGAUCUUCAAAUCUCUUUCUCACUGGUCGGAAAACUUCAAAAAGGAAACCAUGAAAAGCAAUCUACCAGUCCUCCCUGAACGGAGGCUCUUCCUCGCAAUAUCUGCCAUCGCACUCAUCGGCGCUGGCCUCCUUCUAUUCACCUUCAUCGGCCCCGAUAACACUCGGUUCUUCUGCAACCAGCCCACCUCCGAUAACUUCCAUCCCAUGACGGCUCCGAUGCAACUCAAAGCCAUCCUCCACUACGCCACUUCUCGAAUCGUCCCUCAACAAUCCUUCUCCGAAAUCACCGUCUCCUUCGACGUUCUCCGAUCGAUUUCCCCUUGUAAUUUCCUCGUUUUUGGGCUCGGUCAUGAUUCAUUGAUGUGGGCGUCGUUUAACACCGGUGGAAAAACUCUUUUCCUUGAAGAAGAUCCGACGUGGGUUCAGACUGUUCUGAAAGACGCUCCAGAUCUCAACGCCGCUGUCGUUAAGUACCGGACAAAGCUCUCCGAGGCCGACGAGCUUAUGAAUACGUAUCGAUCGGAACCGGAAUGUGCUCCAUCCAAAUCUUACAUCCAGGGAAACACCCGAUGCAGGUUAGCACUCACAAGUUUACCUGAUGAGGUCUACAAUAAGGAGUGGGACAUGAUAAUGAUAGAUGCGCCGAGGGGUUACUUUGCGGAGGCGCCGGGGAGGAUGGCUGCGAUUUACUCCGCCACUGUGAUGGCGAGGAACAGGAAAAAAUCCGGCGUGACGCACGUGUUUUUACACGAUGUUAAUCGGAAGGUGGAGAAAGCUUAUGCGAAUGAGUUCUUGUGUAAGAAGUACCUAAAGCAUGCUGUCGGACGAUUGUGGCAUUUCGAGAUACCACCGGCCAGUAACAUCACCGGCGGGAACGAUGGUGCUUGGUUUUGCUAGGUUGACUAACACGAGUCAGUCGUUUUUUGCUUUCAUUAGUUUUUUAUUUAUCAUUUUAAAUGUUUUUCUUUCUUCUUUCCCCAAAUCAUUAUACCAUUUACCAUUUGCUUUUAAUUUUAAGACAUGUCUAAUUUUAAUUUUAAAAUAAAAUUUUUAUGUUUAUUAAUAGAUUAAUAAAUAUUGCUUCUUCGUUGCUAA